CAAGGAGGACGAGGCGAAAUACAUCUCCCAGUGCAUCGAUGAGAUCAAGCAGGAACUAAAGCAGGAUAAUAUUGCAGUGAAAGCAAAUGCAGUCUGCAAACUUACAUACUUGCAGAUGCUGGGCUAUGACAUCAGUUGGGCUGCUUUCAAUAUUAUUGAAGUCAUGAGUGCAUCAAAGUUUACGUUCAAGAGAAUUGGUUACCUAGCUGCCUCUCAGUGUUUCCAUGAAGGGACUGAUGUAAUUAUGCUGACAACGAAUCAAAUCCGAAAGGAUCUGAGUAGCCCUAACCAAUAUGAUACCGGAGUUGCACUGACUGGCUUGUCCUGUUUUGUUACUCCAGAUCUUGCCAGGGACUUGGCAAAUGACAUCAUGACGCUGAUGUCUCAUACGAAGCCUUAUAUAAGGAAGAAAGCAGUGUUAAUCAUGUACAAAGUCUUUUUGAAGUACCCAGAGUCCCUCCGUCCUGCAUUUCCUCGCCUUAAAGAGAAACUUGAAGAUCCAGACCCUGGCGUGCAGUCUGCUGCAGUAAAUGUUAUUUGUGAGCUGGCUAGACGCAAUCCCAAAAACUACCUUUCCCUGGCUCCGCUGUUUUUCAAGUUGAUGACGUCGUCAACGAACAAUUGGGUUCUCAUUAAAAUUAUAAAAUUGUUUGGUGCUCUUACUCCAUUAGAACCUAGGCUGGGAAAGAAGUUGAUUGAGCCCCUGACCAACCUUAUACACAG